AUGGCUGUCGAUUCGGACCUCUCUCAGAUCACGACAACCGUUGUGCCACUAGCAGCAAACCCAAAUGCUACACAGGUGAUUUAUACCAACGUUGUGUUGGUGACACUCGUCACAGUAUGGACGGGGCUGCGUCUGUACUCGCGAAAGAUGCGCCGGGUUCCAUUUGGAGUUGACGACAGCUUGUACAUGGUAGCGCUGAUACUGUUCUACGCGUUUGUAGUCCUGCAUUUCAUGAUGCUUUUCCUUGGCGGUGCAGGUCAUCACGUCUCCGAGCUCCAGCCGUGGCAUAUCGAGAAGUUGAUGAAGUUUGGGUAUGCUAGUCAAGUGGUUUACGCUGUGUCUCUUGGGUCACUUAAGAUCAGCAUCUGCUGGAUGCUUCAACGCAUCUUCUUUGUCCGCCCUUUCAAGAUUGCGGCUUGGGCAACCAUGGGCUUGUGCAUAGCUUGGACUUUGAUGACGAUUCUCAUUGGGUUACUUAUCUGCAGACCCAUCGCAAUGCAAUGGAAUCCAACGAUUCCCGGGGGAGUUUGUGGUGAUCAGAUUACAGCCUUUGCUGCUGUUGGCGUGGUCGAUGUCAUUGUCGAUCUGAUCAUCUUCAUUCUGCCUAUCCCUAUGGUGCUGAAGCUCCAAGUUUCCAGUGCGCACCGAAUCGCGCUCAUAGGCAUCUUCGGAGCCGGUAUCCUAUUUGAACAAAUUCUGAUAAAUGAGCUUGGUCACAAGACGAUCGUUUUCGGAGCCCUGCGACUUGCUUCGGUAUUCAGCGUCGACUUCCUUGAUUUCUCCUUCACAUCUCCGAACGCUAUGGUGUGGAGCUCAGCUGAAAUGGGCGUCGCACUCAUGGUAUCAUCGUCACCGAUCCUCCGACCAGUCUUCGACCGCAUCUUUGGCCGGUUCAUCAGUACCCUUCGAUCGAGUGCAGACCGAACCAAUCCUCAUGCGAAAUACUACAACGGUGGCAAGUCUGGAGCGACGGGACCUCGUACGUUUAUCUCCGCCUCAAAGCCUCACUCCCGAGGGGCUGAUGGGUUCAUGGUCAUGACCGACUCGGAAGAGAACCUUGAGAUGGAUGAUAUGCAUAAAGAGACGGACAGUAAGGUCAUCGGGGGAAGGAAACCGAGCCAUAGGCGUUCCGAGUUUGGCGAAAUGCAGGGCGGACGUGCUAUGAGAGACGAUGAGUCGACGGAUAAAAUCUUUGUUCGUACAGAAAUCGUUCAGAAGACGGACUGA